CAAAUUCUCAUUUUUCCCCCCUUUUGCGGGUACACUUGCCCUGCCGCGGCCGCCUACAAAGAAAGAGCAAGAGUAGUAAGUGGGCAGCGCCGCGCCACCGGUUUGGUGAAAUUUCUUUACAUUAAGCAGCUCGCCGUUACUCUGCUUAAAACUCGGAACGUCAUGAUGGAGGCCAAUAGCCCGCCGUUCCGGCUGCGAAAGCGGGAAUCGGUUUCACUCAACAAGAAAAGAAAGCGAAGAAGCACGGACGUUGUUGAACAAGUUCGAGAAAAUUCCAUAUUUGCUCCAACUGAUCAACCGGGUAGAGAGAGCGAAGAGGGUGUCGCAUGGAGGAACCUGCAGUUGGUUUUGUCGCUGCAAGACAAAGACAAGGACAUUCUAGAGAAGGUUGCUUUGGCAUUUGAUUAUGUGAAAACAAGCAGUAUUAGGGAGAUGGACGAUAUUAGUCGGGGCUUGCAGGUAAUGGAUACCUCAAGGACGUUAGUUUUCAUGAACAAUUGGAUUCAAUCAGUUCUCAUUUCUUCAGAGAAGAAAAUGAGGCUUGAAGAAAACAAACCUCAGUUUGAAACCUCUGGAUCAUUUUUGGAUCUUAGGUGCUGGAAGAUUUUAUAUUUCUGCUUGGAGGAGUCAAGAGAACUUCAUGUCUCCUUGACAUUCUCCAAGGACUUCUUACGGGUGAUUCAUUCUAUUGUAAUGGAGGCAUCAGCUUGUGUAAAUAAUGUGUCCUCAUGUUGUGAGGGAACACUUUUAGAUCGGCAGCUGCAAUUUUAUGAUGCUGUACUUGAUUGUAUCUCAUUGAUCUUCUCAUUCCAUGGUGGAGUUGCCAAUGAAAAUUUAGAUUUGUGGAUUUUCCUCAUGGAUAAAGUGCUUGGACUCAUCUUGAAAUUUGUUACGGGUCAGUUUGAUGGAAGCAAGCUUGGGAAUUUCAUAUUGAAAUUAUCAUGUUAUUUGUUUGAGCCAUUUGCAAAAUUUUUACGGGUCCAUCCAACUCGUAAGAAUGGUUUCCACAAUUUCAUUGAUAAGCUGCUUGAGCCUCUGCUACACUUGUUACAUGUGCUACAUUCUAGUUCUAAUACUGAAUGGACCACAAAUUUACCUGAAUUGGUUGAAGAAGUUUUAGCUCAGGGCCUGUUCCACCCCACUCAUGUUGAUGGAUUUCUCAGCUUACAGAGUACUGCUAGAUAUAAAGAUUCUUCUGAUGUAGCUGUAAAGGAGGAAAAAUUGGUCAAUAAAAGUUAUCAUAGACACCUAUUUGAUAAAGUGGAGAAGAUAGUGACCAAGAAGAAUGAAUUUGCAUUACUUGGUCUAGGAGAGCUUCUUCAUUUGUUUGUCAGUUGUGUUACAAAGCAUAAGGGAAUUUCAGUCCGUGGUGGAGGUUCUAGGCAAUCAGAUAUGAGCUCUACUAUUCAUGUGCCCAAUAGCUCUCCCCAGAGCAGAAGAGUGUCUUCAAACUUGAUCCCUGUGCGCCAUAGCUUGGACGCAGAACUUCGGAAAUCGAUUUUUGAUUAUUUUGUACAGAUUCUGGAAUAUCUAUUAGCAGAUCUCAACAAAUAUGUUCAAUCAGAUGGGGGAGCAGAAUCUGUAUUAUUUAAUGUUUCCAGCGUGCUGAGAUCCAUCAAUAACUUACUUUGUAGCUUCAUUUGUGAUAAGAUAUACCUAAGAACAGAGGAUUCCUCUGAUGGGGCCUCCAGAAAUUUUCUGAGGAUUAUCUAUACCACAGUCAUGUCGCUCUCAGCCAAAACUGCUCAUCCGAAAAUGUUGUCUGUCGGUUCAGAUGAAAAAUCACACAGGGAACUCUUGAUUUCUGUUAGAAAGGAGCUUAUUGUGUCCGUGCAUCAUUUGUUAAAUAUUGAAUAUGAGGUUGUUGGAGAUGAUCUAGAGAGAUUAUGGACUAUGAUUCUUUCCUCUGCAGCCUGCUGCUAUAGUUCAAAAGAUGUGCUGGGUCAGCCCUUGCUGUCCUCAGAGAUACUGAGCCUGGGUUGCAGGCUAUUUGAUCUUUACAGUGAACUUCGGCAGGUGGAUACUUCGGUAUUUGCACUCUGUAGAGCAGUGAGGCAUUCUUUAUCACUUAUUGGAAGUGGUGAAGCAUUUGAUCCAUCGUGCUUGUGUUCAUCCUAUUCAAAUUCAUUGAGCAUGUUGCUCGGCUCUUUGCAAUUUAGGCUUUCAUUCAGCAAUGCUAUAAAGGCCAUACCAGAAGGGCAAGCAGCCGGAUGCAUUCGGCAGUUGACUUCAGAUAUUGUGGAAUCUCUGGAGUGGAUGAAAUGUGGGCAUCGGUUGGCUGGUUUAGGUGAAAUGUCAAUGUCAUAUCCACAUAGUUCUGACUCACUGCAGUUUCAUUUUCGUGAGGAACUCCUCAGUAAGGUGUUGUGUGAAGCAUAUACAAUCAUUCUAGAUUCUAUAACUGUCACUUCUGGUAAUAGUUAUCUUGUUGGUGUUUCUUUGAAGAACUUGAUAGAAAUUAUACGCUCUAGUUUGAGUAGCCUGGUUUCACCACAGCCUGACAAUUGCAAAGAAUUAACUAUUUUGGUAGAUGGACUAACUUUGAGUAAGAGCACUGGAUGUGACGAUUUGUCCAUGUGCCGGAUCCUAGCGGUCUUCUUUCAUUUAUUGUUGUCCUGCAGAAGCUUAUUUGAGCUAUUAAUCACCCUCAUGCCUCCUGCUGCUUCAAGGAGGAUGUCUGGAGUAAUAGGAUUUACAGUUCAGUGUGGAAGUGAUUGGUUGGGCAUGACUGGUUCUGCUGGCAAAUGCUUUUUUUCAUGGAUCUUCCAACCUUCAGUGACUCUUCUUAAUGUUAUACAUUCUGUCUCAGAUAUUUGUAUCCAAGAUUCUGUUGUCCUCUGCCCAUCAUUGGUGUAUCUAUUAAAUGCCAUGGCUCUUAAAAGACUUGUUGAUUUACAUCGGCUGAUACAGUCUUCCAAGCACAUGCUUCAGAGGAAUCAGAGUGAAACUGAAUUGAAAGAUGAUGCUGAUUUGUCUUCUUGUCGUAAGAGAAUCAGGAAAUGGAGAAAGUAUGUUCAAGAACUGACAGAAGAAGCUGUAGGUCUGACAGAAUUCAUCAUGGGAGUCGUUUCAUCCAUUGUUGAGAACCAGAUAUCUGCUCCCUCAUUUGAUGCUGGAAUAGACGACACUCUAAUUCAAGGCCUUCAUACUAAUGAUACCCUAAAAUUUUCUAUCAGUUCUCUGGAGGAUAGUUCAUUGCCGUCUAUAUUAUGGUGCAUUAUUUGUGAGCAUGUUGAAUUUUGGUGCCCUCAUGCUGCCAAGAAGGACUUGAAGAAUUUUCUUACGCUACUAAUCCGGGCUUCCCUUUCCUGCAUAAAUGAUGUUGAUGGCAACUUUAGUACGCAUAAGACGAGCAGGCCUGGGCACCUGAACAGAGUCAUACAUCGUAUUGCACUGGAGUUUCUGAGCAACAACAUAUCAUAUAGACACAGAUUUGUUUUCAGGUAUAUGGCAUCAAGGUUCUGCAGGAUUCUGCAGAAGUCGGUUUCAUCUAUAUUUGCUACUUCUGGAGUAGAGUUGAGUGAGUCACCUGAUUGGGGCGAGGUUAUAUCUGCAUUUUCAAAUCUUUCUGAUGUCCAAAUUGGAGUGUCAUCAUGGAUAAAACCGAAUAUGGUGCCUGCUGAAUCCUGCAAUAAACAAAUUGAUGUUAAUUUUGCUACAUGUCAAUGUUUGCUCAAUCUUUUGAAGCGGAUGCCAGAAGAACAUUUAAGUUCGAAAUCAUCGUCAUUGUAUAUCACUCAUAUUCUCAAUCUUGAGAGGCUUCUGGUUGGCAGCUUGUUAGGCUGGCACAGCUCAUUAUGUCCUCGCAAUCCUUAUGAGAUCUUCCGAUUAUUUGUGACCUGUCGAAGGGUUCUUCAGAUUUUGAUUGCAGCUUCUAGCAAAGAAAAUCUUAGUGGGAAUCAGUCCUUAAUCACCCCCAAAUUACCAGAAUGUUCAUUUCCUCUGCUAUGGUUUCUAAAAUCAUUGUAUACAGUAGUUGGAUUUACACGUGAAUUUCCAGAAGAUAUUGCUUUUGAAGCUAAAGGUGCAAACUUUUCAUUGGUGGAGCAUACAUCUAAUGUUUUGCAGACAGUAAGUAGAGCUCAAUGUGCACGUGCAGUUUGCUCCCUUGUUUCUUCUAGGAAGCUUCAUCGAGUAAGAAAAAACUUAGAUCCUUGCACUAAGGAGUCUGAUCAAUCAGAAUGCAGUCUUCAAUUGACAGAGAAUUUGGAUGCAUGGCAAAGUGUCUUGCAAUUAGCUGAGGUCUUAGAAGAUAACCUGCAAGAGUCCCUUAAUUCUUUUAGGGAUGCAUCUCUUGACAUGAAAGUAGAAUGCUUCACCGAAUUUCACGAUUUGAAUAAGUUAUCAUCAACAAUUGCUUGCUUUCAGGGACUAUUGUGGGGCCUAGCCUCUACAUUUGAUACAAAUACAGUCGAUAGUAAUAUCAGAAUAUUUUCAAGUUAUGAUGCUGGCAUCAUGACCAGAAUUAUGUCAUGUGUCGAUACAUUCAUGAAUUUUACAACUUAUGUCUUGAAAGCAUUUUUUCUUGAGGAUGAGCAAACUCUGUGCAUUUCAGCAUGUGGUGGUAAUGCAUGUGCUGUAAAUCAGUCCUUAUCUGGUCAUUAUGAUGGUAACAAUGAUGCUUCUAGUGAGGGACGGCCAAUUGGGAUAAUGGCACCCUCUGUUAUAAAGGAUGAUCUUAGACAAUGUAAUGUUACGAGGAAAUCCUCUCCAGCAGUCCGAGGUCUCGACUCUUUUCUGACCGAGGUUCAACACCAGAAACCACGCCUCAAAGGGUCGUUCUUAAUACAAGUCUUCGGCGGUGAAAAAACUGAUGCAUCUUUCUUUCUCCGGCAGUUGUUUAUUGCUUGUUCAGCUAUUUUGAGACUGAAUAUGCAGAUUGACCUUACUUCUAUCUCUUGGAGCGUAUUUCCAAUUUUGGUGGACAUUUCUCAAUUUCUGCUUUUGGAACUUUCAAGGAGAAAAAUCGUGCAUCAAUCUGCUUUUUUUUGGUUAGAUGGUGUCGUGAAAUUUCUUGAGGAGCUGGCGAGUUACUUUCCACAGUUUGAUCCUUCAUCGUCCAGAGAUUUUUAUGUCAAUCUGAUAGGCUUACACUUGAGAAUUAUCGGAAAAUGCAUCUCUUUACAAGGGAAGGAAGCAAAGUUAGCUUCUCAAGACAGAGGAUUACAUGCCAAGAAGCUGGCUAAUCAGAUGGACUCUUGUUUCUCUUUGGGAACAAGUCAAUUGCAUGUGUUUAAGGAAAGAUUGAGGAAGUCAUUUAGAACAUACGUCAAUAAAUCAUCUGAGUUGCACUUACUAUCCGCUGUGCAGGCUAUAGAAAGAGCUUUAGUUGCAGUACAGGAAGGAUUGAUAACAAAUUAUGAACUAGUUUGUGGAAGUUCAAAUGGAGGAGAGGCCUCCUGUGUUGUUGCCGCUGGUAUUGAUUGCUUGGGUUUGAUUCUCGAAUUUGUAACAGGGCCUAGACGUUUAAAUAUGAUCAAGAGACACAUCCAGAGCCUAGUUGCUUGCCUUUUUAAUAUCAUCCUGCAUUUGCAGGGUCCUAGUAUUUUCUAUGGAUGUAUUAAUUCAACCAAGGCUCAUGCAGGACCUGAUUCUGGGUCAGUUAUUCUCAUGUGUGUUGAAGUACUGACAAAAGUUUCUGCUAAACCCUCUUUCUUCGAAAUAGAUGCCUGCCAUAUUGCAGAGUCCCUGCGUGUACCCGGGGCACUCUUUCAAUUCCUUCUCCAACUAAAGAUUUCUGAAGCUUCUGUUAGAGUUGCAUCUCAAAUCGGCACAAGCAGUAGCUCUGUAGAUAGAAAGUUUUCAGUAGAACUCUAUGCUGCAUGUUGCCGUAUGUUAUGUUCUGCUCUUAAGCAUCAUAAAAGUGAGACUCGGCAGUGCAUGGCCCUUCUUGAAGAUUCAGUUAGUGUUCUUCUUCAUUGCUUAGAGAUUGUAAAUAUAGAUCCAGUUGCUGGAGGGAAGUUCUUUGCAUGGGAAGUGGAAGAGGCAGUAAAAUGUGCCAGCAGUCUGCGGCGAGUGUAUGAAGAGGUGCGGCAGCAGAAAGAUGUCUUUGGGCAAUGCUCAUUCCAGUUUUUGUCUCGUUAUAUAUGGGUGUUCUGUGGAUUAGGUCCAGGCAGAAAAGGCAUCAUAAGGGAAGUAGAUGAAGCUUUGAGACCCGGUGUCUAUGCUCUAAUAGACUCCUGCUCAGCUGAUGAUCUUCAGCUUCUCCAUACUGUAUUUGGAGAGGGUCCCUGCAGAAGUACUCUGGCAGCUCUGCAACAUGAUUACAAGCUCAAUUUCCAAUUCGAAGGGAAAGUUUGAUUUCGAUCUCUCCCAAGUUUUGUUAUUAAAUGAAAAGUCAAAAAGGAGGUUAAUCGUAAUUAUAGGUUAGUUCAGGUAAUAUAUCUUGUUCAAAAAUCCCUAAACCCUGCAAAUAUGGCCUAUCCCUACUUUUUUCUUUUUGUUUUAGUUAAAGUUGGUAGAUUGGUUUUUAGGUUAGGAAAAUACUAUUUUCAUGGGUUUUGUUUAAUAUGAAAAAGUUAUAGGUAUUGUUUUU